AUGGUGCUGCAGGCCUUCACUGGUGUAGGGCUAGGCUUCAAGAGGAACUUUUCGUCGGGUUUGCACCUCUUGCGGGCUUGGAAGCAAAUUGAGGUCCGCAAGCUGGCCAAGCAGCCGGAAUACAAAGUUGGGGAUGAGAAGCCACGGUACAUACCAAGCAAGCGGAAGACCGUCCCGGAUUAUAAGUACGGAGAAUCGCGCAUUUUCAAGCAGAGCAAUAAUGGGUUGUAUGGAGGCUCUUUCAUCCAGUUUGGCAACAACAUUUCGGAGUCGAAAACCAAGACCAGAAGAACCUGGCUGCCCAAUAUUGUUCGCAAGUCGCUAUGGAGCGAGGCAUUGCAGAAGGACGUGCGGAUCAAGCUAACCGCAAAGGUCUUGCGCACGAUCUCGAAGGAGGGCGGCCUGGAUAACUACCUCACGAAAGACAAGUCCGCCAGAAUUAAGGAGCUCGGGCCCAAGGGCUGGGAACUGAGGUACCGUGUCUUGGUAGCGCGCGAGCGUCAGCUGAACCCACCCCACAAAGACGCGCAAGCCAUCACGACUGAGGAUGGCCGCACAGUGACUGUCUACUACGAAGUGCCGCUGAACGGCACCACCUUGCGGAUCACCUGCGGCCGCCGUAGGCUGCUGUUUCAUCUAUUCAACAGAGAGCAUCGCGAACACAAGGCAGAUGGGCUUCACCUCACCUUCAAGUCCUUCUUGGACAAGCACAGAGACACCCCUGUCCCGGACAUCGUCAGCCGUCUGGUUGCCCUCGGUCACAGCAUGGAAGAGCUGACCGUUUGA